UUGGCACAAACUAUUCCUAGUCGACCGGUUCACACGAAACGGACACCGCUAUAUAUCUUUGCGAAUAACGCGGUCUGUAGACAGACAAAGAAGCCGAGAUUACCUGGGAAGUUCGCUACUAGGUACGAAGAAGCUGCGUAAAAUGCGAUCUUCGUGGUCAGCCAAGUCGCGAAGCUAGACAGUCCAACGGCUAAGAUGUGCCACUCUCUCGGCUGGAUGUUGGUACUCCUGGUAUCGCUUCAGCAGCUUUCGGUGGUAUUCCAGUCGAAGGCGCACAGCGAGCGGGAAGCUGUCCUGAUACCCGGUGACAUCGUUCUGGGUGGUCUGUUUCCGGUGCACGAAAAGGGCGGCGCCACUUGCGGACCCAACAUUUACAAUCGCGGCGUACAGCGUCUCGAGGCGAUGCUCUUCGCCGUCGACGAGAUCAACAAAGACAAGACGACGCUUCCUGGGAUCACUCUCGGCGUGCACAUACUCGACACAUGCGGCAGAGACACUUACGCCCUGAAUCAAAGCCUACACUUCGUCAGAGCGUCCCUGUCCAAUUUGGACAUCAGCGUCCUGGAGUGCGCCGACAAGUCUCCGCCAAGAGUGAAGAAAACUGCCACCGCCGGUCCAAUCUUCGGGGUGAUCGGUGGCUCCUACAGCUCGGUGUCUCUCCAGGUGGCCAACUUGCUCAGGCUUUUCCACAUACCGCAGAUAUCGCCUGCGUCGACCGCCAAGGCCCUCAGCGAUAAAACCAGGUUCGACUACUUCGCGCGGACGGUGCCCCCGGACACGUUCCAAUCGAUCGCCCUGGUGGACGUGGUGAAGAGCGCCAACUGGUCGUACGUUUCGACCGUGUACUCCGAGGGUAGUUACGGUGAAUACGGGAUAGAGGUGUUCACCCGCGAGGCCACCGAGAGAAACGUGUGCAUCGCCGCGGCGGUGAAGGUGCCGAGCGCGGCCGACGAUCGCGUGUUCGACGACAUUAUUCAAAGGCUGAGUAAAAAGUCGAACGCCAGGGCGGUGGUGCUGUUCACCCGGGCGGAAGACGCGAGAGGGAUCCUCGAGGCAGCUAGACGUUCGAACCUGAGCCAACCGUUUCAAUGGCUGGCCAGCGACGGUUGGGGCCGACAGAGCAAGCUGGUGGAAGGCCUCGAGGAAGAAGCCGAGGGCGCCAUCACGGUGGAGCUCCAAUCGGAGAAUAUACCUGGCUUCGACGAGUACAUGGCCAGUCUAACGCCGGACACCAAUCAACGGAAUCCUUGGUUCACCGAGUACUGGGAGGAGCUGUUCGGUUGCGUGCCGAGGAGGAACCGGCAGAGCCAGGCGAGCCAAAACGCGACGGAGUGCUCACCGACGCUGAGGUUGACCGCGGCAACCGGAUACGAGCAGGAGUCGAAGGUCCAGUUUGUGGUGGACGCGGUGUACGCAUUCGCGCUGGCUCUUCACAAUCUUCAACGAGACGUGUGCACGAAGAACGGUGGUCUGUGCGCCUCGAUGGCGCACUACGAUCGCGGAGCGUUCUAUAGGAAUUAUCUGCUGAACGUGGCCUUUACAGACAGUGCUGGCAGCGAGGUGAAGUUCGACGAGCACGGGGAUGGUCCGGCGCGGUACGAGAUCCUCAACUUCCGGAAAUCGGAUCUGAACGGGUCUAAUGGAUACCACUAUCGGGUGGUAGGGAAAUGGUUCAACUCACUGGACAUUCGCACGGACGAGCUCGUUUGGACAAGGGGUACGAAGGACAUACCGACUUCUGCGUGCUCGUUGCCCUGCGAGCCAGGUAUGAUAAAGAAGCAACAGGGUGACACUUGUUGCUGGGUAUGCGACCAGUGCGAAGAGUACGAGUUCGUCUACGACGAAUACACCUGCGAAGACUGCGGGCCAGGUUACUGGCCGCACGAGGACAAGCGGGGUUGUUACCAGUUGCCGAUCAACCACAUCAGAUGGAACAGCGCUUUCGCGAUCGUUCCAGCGGUGAUCUCGUGCAUCGGAAUCGUGGUUACUCUCGCGAUCGCGUGUCUGUUGUUCCAUCACAGAGAAACUCCCGUGGUCAGAGCGUCGGGCCGCGAGCUGACUAUUAUUCUGUUGGUCGGAGUGCUCGUUUGCUAUCUGAACACAUUUCUGUUGCUCGCGAUACCAACCACGGUCACCUGCGUCCUUCAAAGGCUGGGAGUGGGAGUGAGUUUCAGCGCGGUCUACGGUGCUCUCUUGACCAAGACCAACAGGAUCGCCAGGAUUUUCGAUUCCGCUUCGAGGUCGGCCGUCAGACCUAGAUACAUCAGUCCCACCUCUCAAGUUUGCAUCGCUGCUGCCCUGAUCGCGCUGCAGAUCGUUCUAACGUUAGUGUGGAUGAUCAUCGAACCACCUGGCACGAGAUUCUACUAUCCGGAUCGUAAACAGGUGAUUCUCAAGUGCAACAUCCAGGAUAUGAGUUUCCUAUUCUCGCAGCUGUACAAUGCCCUGUUGAUCCUCGUGUCCACUAUCUACGCGGUAAAGACACGGAAAAUUCCGGAAAAUUUCAACGAGAGCAAAUUCAUCGGCUUCACCAUGUACACUACUUGCAUCAUUUGGCUGGCGUUCGUUCCGAUCUACUUUGGGACCGGAAACGCGCACGAAACUCAAAUCACCACGCUUUGCGUGGCAAUCAGCCUCAGCGCUUCCGUGACCCUCGUCUGCCUAUACUCGCCAAAGGUCUACAUCAUCGUCUUUCAGCCGGACAAGAAUAUCCGAAGGAAGGUCACUAUGGGCGAUAAAUUUAAGAAGCAAGGCAGCAGCGCGGGAACUUCUUCUAUUACCAAGUACACUGGCUGCGAGCUGACCAGUGAGAGCAUGCCUCUUCAGAGCGCGCUGACGGCCGCUGUGCAGACGUCGGUAGGAGUGACGGAGAUCUCCCUAGCGUCGAACACAUCAGCCAAAACUAAUAACGAGCAAGUGGCGCAGCUAUAGAGCUACUUUCGCGGGCCACGAUUCAGAUUUCAGGGCGCUGCCGUAUCCUGGCCAGCGGCCAACCGAUAACACCGGCCGAAAGGACCGCCAGUGAAUAGUGCGAGUAUGUGCUAAUAAAAAGAAGAUUCCCUCCGCCGGCCGUGAAAGAAACGUUGCGCGUAUAAUCGAGAGGAAUAAGGACGAGGACCCGUCGCUGAUAACGGACCGGUCACAAAGAAUCCUCUGCCGAGUCCGAUGAUGCUCCGUGGCGUUUCGCGACAUCGGAUCCGCCGAUGAUCGCGUACACUCGGCUAGACGAAGGUAACCGGAAGUCCUACGGAACACGCGAAAGACUAAAGCACGGGCGGAAAAGUAGAUACGCUUAGAAUCGUGGUUAACCGUAACGCGAAUGAUGUCGUCGAGAGGUGGACGAGCGUGUAAUAGGGGAAGGUUGGCUUAUUUCGACCGCGAGUUUUGUUUCACUGUAAAAUCUAAUCACGAGGAAUUUAGGGAAUACGGAGACGUGCGCGGCAACCAGCUUUACAACUCAGAGACCGAUAUAUUUUAAUAUUCUAUAUAUUUACGAUACGAUACGCUAACU